AGCCUGUGUAGGAACCAGUGUGUCUGGUCUCAACACGUCAGGCAAGAGGCUCGGGCUUUAGGGGAAUCACCUCUGAAAGCUGGAAUAAGGUGUUCUUGGGAACUUCAGACUUCUGUGCUGCCCACCCCCCACCCCCACCCCGACGGAAGCCACAGUCAGCAUUGUGUUCUGUGGAAAGCCUGCAGUGGUUUAUCACUGGUGGUGGUUCUGCCCCAGACUCUCCGUCUACACAGUGAGCUGACAGUGACAGCGCUGGAGGGUAGGGGCGGAUGGAGCGGGGAUGUAUAGGGAGACGCGAUCAACACGUGCCAUGGGCUCUCCACAGCAGAAAUAGCCCUGCAUGUGUAGAGAAAUAGACUGCGGAACGGGAUCUCUCUCGAUGGCCACCAACUCUUCUGCGAAAAGAGAAGCUCACGCAGAGGCUGAGGCCAAGGAGCACGCAGCUGCCGUCUGGACGUCUGUGCCAUCGAUGCUGACGUUGGAAGAGUCGUAGACUGUGAAAAUGAACCCGAAGGAGACGUGGUGAAGUCACCUGGGCGGGACAUCUGGAGCUCUGACCUUCCGGGGGAGCCGACCGGAUCCAAGGAGCGCCCCGGGCGACAGUGCAGGUACCCGCCGCGGCAGCUCUGGGGCAGAGUGACUGCAUCUGGAAGAAGGAAAAAAUGUAGUUAUCGAAUCCAAUCAACUGUUUGUGUCUCUGAAAUUAUCAACCACAUCGGGUCAAGAAAGGUUCUGGUCGGUGCCACAGACGUAUGGCUGUCCAAGAAGCCACAUAAAGAUGGAGAAAUGGAGGCACAGGGAAAUUAAGUGACUUUGCCACAGUCCCAAGCUGGGGAGGACCAGGAAGAGAACGUAGAGGGACCCUGACUCUGGGCCCGCGUCCUGCCCACGGAGCCACGCUGCCUCCCUUCCUAGGAGAGAAGACGCCCCGCAAGAUGGAGGUGGACGCCGAGGAGAAGCGCCAUCGGACACGGUCCAAAGGGGUUCGAGUUCCCGUGGAACCAGCCAUACAGGAGCCCUUCAGCUGUCCCACGCCGGGCUGUGACGGCAGCGGUCACGUCAGUGGCAAAUACGCAAGACACAGAAGCGUGUAUGGCUGCCCCUUGGCUAAAAAAAGAAAAACGCAGGAUAAGCAGCCCCAAGAGCCUGCUCCCAAGCGGAAACCAUUCGCCGUGAAAGCCGACAGCUCCUCGGUGGAUGAGUGUUAUGAGAGCGAGGGCUCGGAGGACGUGGAUGACAAGGAGGAGGACGAGGAGGAGUACUCGGAGGACGAGGACGAGCGCAGGGAGGAGGACGAGGAGGAUGAGGAAGGCGACCGAGAGGAGGAGGAGGAGCUGGAGGAGGAGGAGGACGAUGACGACGAGGAUGGGGAGGACGUGGAAGACGAGGAGGAGGAUGACGAGGAGGAGGAGGAGGACGACGAGGAGGAGGACGAGAAUGAAGACCAUCAAAUGAACUGUCACAAUACUCGAAUAAUGCAAGACGCAGAAAAGGAUGAUAACAAUAAUGAUGAGUACGAUAAUUACGAUGAGCUGGUGGCCAAGUCCUUGUUGAACCUCGGUAAGAUUGCCGAGGACGCAGCCUACCGGGCCAGGACUGAGUCGGAGAUGAACAGCAACACGUCCACCAGCCUGGACGACGGCAGCGACAGGAACGAGACGCUGGGCCGGAAGAGCGAGCUGAGCCUGGAUCUGGACAGCGACGUGGUAAGAGAGACGGUGGACUCCCUGAAGCUGCUGGCGCAGGGACACGGUGUGGUGCUCGCAGACAACCUCGGCGACAGGGCGUACGCAGACUCUCUGUCGCAGCAGGACAGCAGGAACAUGAACUACGUGAUGUUGGGCAAGCCCGUGAACAACGGGCUCGUGGACAAGAUGGUGGAGGAGAGCGACGAGGAGGUGUGUCUGAGCAGCCUGGAGUGCCUGAGGAAUCAGUGCUUCGAUCUGGCCCGGAAACUGAGCGAGACGAACCCGCAGGACCGGAGCCAGCCCCCGAACAUGAACAUCCGCCAGCACGCCCGUCAGGAGGACGACUUCGCGGGGAGGACGCCGGACAGGAGCUACUCCGACAUGAUGAACCUCAUGCGGCUCGAGGAGCAGCUGAGUCCCAGGUCUAGAACUUUCUCCAGCUGUGCAAAGGAGGACGGGUAUCACGAACGAGAUGACGACACCACCUCCGUGAACUCGGACAGGUCUGAGGAGGUGUUUGACAUGACCAAGGGGAACCUGACCCUCCUGGAGAAAGCCAUCGCUCUGGAGACAGAAAGGGCGAAGGCCAUGAGGGAGAAGAUGGCGAUGGAGGCCGGAAGGCGGGACAAUGCGCGGUCCUAUGAAGAGCAGUCGCCAAGACAGCUUCCCGGGGAGGAGAGAAAGCCUAAGUCCAGUGACAGCCAUGUCAAAAAGCCAUACUAUGGUAAAGAUCCCUCGAGAGCAGAAAAGAAAGAGAGCAAGUGUCCCACCCCGGGGUGUGACGGAACUGGCCACGUAACCGGGCUUUACCCACAUCACCGCAGUUUGUCUGGAUGCCCGCACAAAGAUAGGGUCCCUCCGGAAAUUCUUGCCAUGCAUGAGAAUGUUCUCAAGUGUCCUACUCCGGGCUGCACAGGGCGAGGGCAUGUAAAUAGCAACAGAAACUCGCACAGAAGCCUCUCUGGAUGUCCUAUUGCUGCCGCGGAGAAACUGGCAAAGGCCCAGGAGAAGCACCAGAGCUGCGAUGUGUCCAAGUCCAACCAGGCCUCAGACCGCGUGCUAAGGCCAAUGUGCUUUGUCAAGCAGCUCGAGAUCCCUCACUACGGCUACAGAAACAACGUCCCCACGACCACGCCUCGCUCCAACCUGGCCAAAGAGCUAGAGAAAUAUUCCAAGACCUCGUUUGAGUACAACAGUUACGACAGCCAUACUUACGGCAAGCGGGCCAUAGCCCCCAAGGUGCAAACCAGGGAUAUAUCCCCCAAAGGAUAUGAUGCGAAGCGGUACUGCAAGAACGCCAGCCCCAGCAGCAGCACCACCAGCAGCUACGCGCCCAGCAGCAGCAGCAACCUGAGCUGCGGGGGCGGGAGCAGCGCCAGCAGCACGUGCAGCAAGAGCAGCUUCGACUACGCGCACGACAUGGAGGCGGCGCACAUGGCCGCCACGGCCAUCCUCAACCUGUCCACGCGCUGCCGAGAGAUGCCGCAGAACCUGUCCACCAAGCCGCAGGACCUGUGCGCCGCGCGGAACCCCGACAUGGAGGUGGAUGAGAACGGGACUCUGGACCUCAGCAUGAACAAGCCACGGCCGCGGGAGAGCUGCUGCCCGGUCCUGACGCCCCUGGAGCCCAUGUCCCCCCAGCAGCAGGCGGUGAUGGGUGGCCGGUGUUUCCAGCUGGGCGAGGACGACUGCUGGGAGCUGCCCGUGGACUACACCAAGAUGAAGCCCCGCAGGGCGGACGGGGGUGACACCAGCGAGGCCCCUCCGGAAGACUUGGACCCAUUCCAGGAGGCUCUGGAGGAGAGAAGGUACCCGGGAGAGGUGACCAUCCCCAGCCCCAAGCCCAAGUACCCCCAGUGCAAGGAGAGCAAAAAGGACUUAAUAACAUGUCCAACACCAAGGUGUGAUGGGAGUGGUCAUGUGACUGGUAAUUACGCCUCACAUAGAAGUCUGUCCGGCUGCCCCCUCGCUGACAAAAGCAUUCGAAGCAUGCUGGCUACCAGCUCACAAGAACUCAAGUGCCCGACCCCCGGCUGCGACGGCUCUGGGCACAUCACCGGCAACUACGCUUCUCAUCGAAGUCUUUCAGGUUGCCCAAGAGCAAAGAAAAGUGGCAUCAGGGUGGCACAGAGCAAGGAAGACAAGGAAGACCAAGAGCCCAUCAGAUGUCCCGUUCCUGGGUGUGACGGCCAGGGCCACAUAACCGGGAAGUACGCCUCCCACCGCAGUGCGUCAGGAUGUCCCUUGGCCGCCAAGAGACAGAAGGACGGAUACCUCAAUGGCUCCCAGUUCUCCUGGAAGUCGGUCAAGACGGAGGGCAUGUCGUGUCCCACGCCAGGAUGUGACGGGUCGGGCCACGUCAGCGGCAGCUUCCUCACACACCGGAGCUUGUCGGGAUGCCCGCGAGCCACGUCAGCCAUGAAGAAGGCGAAGCUGUCAGGAGAGCAGAUGCUGACCAUCCGACAGCGGGCCAGCAACGGCAUAGAGAACGAUGAAGAAAUCAAGCAGUUGGAUGAAGAGAUCAAGGAGCUCAACGAGUCCAACUCCCAGAUGGAAGCCGAUAUGAUCAAACUCAGGACUCAGGUAACAAUCACCACGAUGGAGAGCAGCCUGAAGACCAUUGAAGAGGAGAACAAAGUAAUCGAGCAGCAGAAUGAGUCUCUCCUGCACGAGCUGGCCAACCUGAGCCAGUCCCUGAUCCACAGCCUAGCCAACAUCCAGCUGCCGCACAUGGAUCCAAUCAAUGAACAAAAUUUUGAUGCAUACGUGACUACUUUGACGGACAUGUAUACAAAUCAAGAUCGUUAUCAGAGCCCAGAAAAUAAAGCCCUACUGGAAAAUAUAAAGCAAGCUGUAAGAGGAAUUCAGGUCUGAGCAGCUGCUGUAGGUGACGGGAUGUUGUUUAAAAGGAGACCUGUUGUUCUUUGCUGCUGUGAUUCACCAGAAAGUGUUCUAUAUUUAUUUCUGUUUGAAACAGUGUGACGCUUACAAGACUUCAUAAUGAUUUUAUGUCUUGCUUUAAAGAUAGUACCUGCAGAAUAGUUUUCAAUACAUUCACAUUUUGUACGUUUUCAUAUAAGCUGACAUAGUGUGAUAUGCCAUGUAAUGUUUAUAGCUGCUAAUGUAUGCACAUUUGGGGGUAUAUAUAUUUCUGAAGAGGUAAGCGGAUCAAAAUAAAUAGAGUGUAAAUUCUUUUAAUGCUUUAGUGAUUAAAUGUUUUAGUAUUUUGAACUGAAAUGGACAAAAAAAACAAAAAACAAAAAAAAAAAAAAAAAACCCAGCUUUGAAUGAUCAUGUGGUGACCCCGCAGCCACUUUUUAGACAUUAUCAUUUUGCCUCAUGUUGGAGGAUUUUAUGGAAUUUAAGAAAUAACAUUUUGUGUGCAUAUUGUUUCAUAGCAAGAAUUGGUUGCAAAAAAAUGCUUUAUUUUUGAACAAUGCUUGGAAAUAUUAUGUGAUUUUUUUGUUUGUUUGUUUUAGGAGGAUGGUGUAUGGUGGGGGCAAUAAAUGAGGUUUUUUGCAUUCCAAGGAAAUGGCAUAUGGAUUAACUGUAAGAAAUGAGAUAAGUAAUUUAUUGUAAGACAACAUCAAGCCAUGGAAACUUGGCAGAAGAUUCAAAGCAGCUUAAACAGCACUUUUAAAUUAACUCCUGAGCAUUACAUGGUGUGCCUCUGGGAACUGCAGUUAAGACAGGGGCUUAUGAGAGGUGGACAGCGCGAAGAUUUCCCUUUCCAGUGUCAGUAGACUUUGGAGCAACCUCCCCUUAUCUCCCCGAGAGCUGUGUGCCCCUCUGAAGCGUCUGUCCUUGCAAUGGCGUCUGUCUCACAGAACCUGUGUGCUCUAAUUUAAGUUCAGAGAUAAUUUCAGAGUAUUUAUUUCCCCUCUUUCCACCUUUAGAAAUUAUUACUGUCGUUGUUGCUGUUACUAUGACUUCACAUUCGGGGAAUAAGGCAAAUGAGGCGGGAGUCCUCCCGCGGGGCGCUUUCUGCUGGGCGGCGGAGCGCAGCUCAGAGCGGGGACGCCCGACGCUGAGUGCCCGCACACAGGCCUUUCUGUUCCACCUUCCCUUGGAGACCCGGCGACCACAGGGCCUUUGCAGAGCCUUGCUCUUUGAUUUGUCACGACCUAUUCUAAGAACGAAUGCAAUCAGAUUUUAAGAGUAAUUACCUAUACUUCAGCACUUUUUUGCUUUACACUAGAUCAUCCUAGACUUGCUUAUACUUGGAGAUUUGAUUGUUUUCUUCCAAUGACUGCACUAUAUGUAUGCAUAAGACCACUUUUCAUUGCUGCGCCCUCCCCUUCCGAGUAGUCCCUAGGACGGCGUGUUGUGUCUUCUGGUGUUGACUUGAGUUACAUGUAACGGCAUCUCUUCCCUCCAUGUCUUGAUGUUAUGCAGGAAGUACAGAAGUACUUUAAAAUUUUGUUAUGAAAAAAAAAAAAAGAUGGGUUUUGUAAAAAUAAAAAAAAAAUAUUUUUAGCAGAACAGGACUUACAGGGUCAUUGUCCCCACAACGUGCCAGUCGACUAUUUGCACUUACCUUGUCCUAUAUAUCCGUACGGAGGUGUGCAAUUCCCGGGGUCAGCAGCCUCGCGAGGCCGGCCCUGGAAAGAUGACAGGAGCCCUCACGGCUGACCCGACGAUGUUGCUAAGGGAGAUUACAGGGAUCUCACAGCAAAUACUGAUACAAUACUCAACCUCGGUAUAUAUAUGUGUAUAAAUAUAUGUACACCCCCAGCGGCACUUUAUACUGUCCACUGUACAAACGCUCACAGUUUUCCGCGAGGACGUUAAUAACGAGCUGGGAAAGAUGACGGACCUCCCGGGGCCCUGCGGCGCCCGCCCUGGAGAGCGCCCUCUUUCUGUUGUGCGAUUAGUUGCAGCUGCCGUGCUCAGAAUUGCCUUUUCGAGAGCUGAAGCGAGGUGCUUCUCGGUCACCCGAUGCCGUGUACGCCGUCGGGGCCCUGGGCUCCCGGGGGGCCCUGCCGUUCGUGUGGGCGAAUGCGUUUCCCUGCCGCGAUGUGUCCGCAGCUUCUUUGCCAAUGUAGUCAUGCUUUUAGUAGAGUAAUAGCUAGUAUCAGUUCCGGAUUCUUCUCGUUAUCACCUAUGUACAAUGGAAAGGGGUUUUAAGCACAAAUCUGCUGCUCAUCUAACGUUGCUACAUAAUAUCCAGUCAAGAGUUAUCUGUGACUAUUAUAUAGGGAUCACAAAGUGUCACAUAUUAGAAUGCUGACCUUUCAUACAGAAUUAUUGUGAGUCAUCAGAGUUUAUUUAUUAUAACUUAUUGUUCGUAUUCAUUUCUGAGUUAAUUUAAGUAACCAUUUAUGGAGACAGAAUUUUGUAUAAAUAUUUAUUGUGCUCUCUGUGGAACUGAAGUUUGAUUUAUUUUUGUACUACACGGCAUGGGUUUGUUGACACUUUCAUUUUGCUAUAAAUGUGUGGAAUCACAAGUUGCAGUGAUACUUCAUUUUUAAAUUGUGAACUUUGUACAAAUUUUGUCAUGCUGGAUGUUAACACAUCUUACUCUAAAUAAAAACGGUGUUGCCACAUGUGUAGCACGAUGGAUCUCUA